GGAGCUCCUAAACGGAAGAUGCUUGAUAUCAUAAGAGUUAGCGACCCGUUGAGUUGAUGAGAGCACAAGCACAUGUGAUAUUGUUCCUCUUCGGCUCUUUUUAUAGUGCUAGUCACACUCUUCAGUGCUAUAAACAGAUCUGCGUAUUUGUGGACUAAACACUUGGAGAGGGAGGUCUAUGGAUCAUUAGAAUCUCAUGGCUAUGCUCUACUUUUAAUAGUGUUCAUGUUUUUCAGUGUUGACUGUUGAGAGGAGUGUAGUUCUAGCAUGGAUUCAGCAGAGUCAGAGAAUUUAAAGAGCAGUAACUCUCCCAGAUUGCAUGCAGCAGACCAGUCCAGUCCUCAGAGUACCAAACCUGUAACAUCACCCAGGCAGGAUAGCAUAAUGCCAACGACACAUAUAAUAAGCCCCUCGGGGAAGAAAAGACUGUCUCCUACCUGUACGACAAAUCGCUCAAUCAAUAAUAACAUGCAUACUCUGAAUGUGGACAUCAGUCUGGCAAAUGCCAAAGUGAACAGUGUUUCUCCGGGAAGGCAGUGCCUGUCAGACUCCAGGCUCACGGUGAAACCAUCAAAGAACAUUCCAGUGUCCAACCAUCGCAAGAGAAAGAUAGACAUCGACGGUGCAGAGAUUACCGCUGUCAUAACCGUGCCCAUGACCUCUCCAAAACAGAAGAGAUUAAGUCCCCCAGAUAUCUGCAACAAUGUGAAUAUAAAUGUACAAUCGAAGAAAGAUUUAACUGUCGACUGGAACCAGAAUGAAAGGAAUAUUUCUGAUGCAUCUUAUGGAAAGAGGAGGUCAAGUUGGUCUGAGACCUCUCCUGACAGUUACAAGCAUUCCCACAAUAUAGGUCACAGAAAAGUAUCCCCCAGGGUGUCCCCUAAGAUCCCAAAUUCUGCAGAACUCCAUGCGGCCAUCGGUUGGAAGGCAUUCCCAAAUUCCAAAACGCAGAACAAUCACAAAGACACCCACAAUGCGGACAGGCAUACCAACAGCGUUUCUCCUACCAGUGCAAAGGUGCAGCAGAAUGGACGUCUGAAAAGCAGCCAUGCAUCGAUAGGUGAACAUAAGAGACCAAGCCUUUCCCACAGCAUCUCGAACGAUUCUGUUUUUGAUGAAAAUGUUUCGGAACCCAAUGAAAUCGACGAAGAAAGAUUUGAGAAGGUUGACAGUGAGGUUGCCUUCAUUAGGACGCCUGGGGUAAAGAAUAACGCAGCAGGAGAUAUGGGUAAACCUAAACAAGCUACAGGAAGAACAUCACCCAGAGGGGGUGGCAAGCCAAAGGAAGUCGUUCGGAAAAAUACUCUUGGCUCAAGCGAUUCAGGUGUUGAUAGCAAGAGGAAACGAAAGGGAUCCGUCUCAGAGAGUGUUGGGAGCGAGUCUGUAUUAAGCAGUUGCACAGAGGAUUCAUUCACUGACGAUGGAAGCAUGGCGGGACGCGAAGGUCUUAGCUCUCCCGAAGAUGGAAAGCCGAAAAAGCGCAGGUUCAAAUUUGCAGACACGCUACCGCCGCGUGCUCCAAGGGCAAGACGAGAAGCGAGUCUGACGGCAGAGACCAAAGUGCAUCUGUUGUACGAAAGGGAUGAUUUUGUUGAGAAAAUGCCUGUAAAAGUGUCAGCACCAAAGAAACCUAAGGCAAGUCAGAGUGUAAGUGAUGCACAGGGAGGUGAUUUGUUGACAAGUAGAUCUAUAUCAUCAGAUAUCAAAGUUGCAAAGGAUACAUGUAAAGUUGGAAGUGAUUCCAAGGGGAAAAGGAUUACGGAACAUACUAGUGUGACGAAUGGACAGGAAAAAGCUAAGGAACCCAAGAAACCUGCCAUAAAGGCAAAACUGAAAAAUGAUACACCCCCAACAUCUAGCAAAUCUGAACUUGCUACUGAGACAAGUGCACAAACAUGCUCCCGCUGUGGAAAACCUAUAAAACCUCAAGGCAAUAGAACUCCAGAUGAAGCCUCAGAUAGAAAGAGUAACAAUCUGAAAACGGAAACUUCACCUAACAACAAAAUCAGUAGCCCCAGCAGUACAACUCUCUUACCGACCCUCAAAGAACCUGCAGUGGUUCCGCAUUCUACAGCAACUCCAAACCACUUAUCAUGCUCGUGCACGCAGGCUCAGAGGAGUAUUUCUGAGCCUGCGCCAGACAAUGCCCUCAUGAAAGCUUUAGCGCCUCUACUGGGGCAGCCGAGAAGGGCCUCUAUUGAUGCUGCCGAAUGUGAAAAACUGAACGCAUCUUUGAAAGGGGCUUUCCUGCUGAGGCUAUCAAGACAUUCCAUUGAUGCACCUACAACCAUUGCCAACCAGCUUUCUCUACCUUUAGCCCAACUGGGUAUCCUUCAAUCAGGAAAUUUGCAUGCAUCAAACGGUACGCCAAACAAUGGUACAAUAGUUACAGUCCCCCAGCCUAACGACGGUGGAACUACCGUCACGGAGUUCAUCAACUCCAAGUCGAAAGUCGUUCGGAAGGUGGUGAAAAGGCCCGGUCUCAAACCCUUUCAUCGAAGGAAAUCUACCAAUGGAUGGCGAGGGGAAGGCAAUCCAGUGCAGAAACCUGUUAUCAUUAAUAAUGAGAGUGUCCAAGAGGUGCGUUUCUGCUACGAGUCCAUCAGAAGGAAAGAUGAUGUCAUCAAGACCAGAGAUUGUGUCUUACUGAGAGCAGACCUGAGGAAACGAGACCUGCCGUUUGUUGCCAAGGUAGCAGCACUUUACGAGGAUCCCGAAACAGGUAUGUCUUACCUUUAACACAUAGUAAAAACAAAAUCAAAGAACUUUAAAUUUUUAUGCAACCUGGUAAGAUCUUUCUGAAACAAAUGUUAAAUCCUGCAUGUAUCAACUUUGGCUAUUAAAAGAAAGUUCAGAUACCCAUUUUGCCUUGCCAUACAUGUACAUGCAGUCCUAGUCAUUUGUCAAGUUUUUAUGUGUGACAAAUUGUUAAGGACAGCUUUAUUGAUCACUUUUCUGGAUGUUGAUUAACCUAAACAAAUACAUGUAAUUUCUUUCAGAUGAUCCCGGCUCAUUGGUUGAUGCUUGUUUCAUAUAUUGUCAAGUUUUUUUUUUUUUUAUUUGUUGUCUUGUCAUUAUUAAUUGUUAUAUGUUCCUGGAAAUUAAAUAAACAAAAAUAUAAAGAUACACUUGAUACACAGUAUUUAAAAAAAAUUAAACCAAGCCACCACAAAUUUGCCAAGUGGUUUCAUACAAAUUCGUGAGAUUAUAGUGUAAACUGUCAUAAAUUGGUAUUAGCUUUCUUUCCAAAUAAUUGUCCAUUCUAUUUUCUUUGAGUAGUUACAGUCUCAUGCUCAAAGCCAGUAUACAUGACUUGACACACUUGAGAAUGUUUGUGUUCCGGUUGUAUUAGCGUUAAUCAAAACAGUUGACAGGGGUACAUAUGGAUAUCAAAUUAAUGUGCUCUCGGCCCAAUCCUCACCUUCACAGCCUUCACAUUAAAUUAAAGGUCCCUUUCUCUUCACGCAAGAAAGGAAGUGUUCACAUGACCAUAUGAUUAUGAUUUGUCAUAUUGCAGUAUUUGAUUCAUUUUGAUUUGAUGAUAAUGAUGUUAAUAAUGGAGGUGGGGUGCCAGUGAUGGUGGUUGUGAUGAUGAUGAAUGAUGAUGAUGAUGACGACGAAGGACGAUGAUGAUGAUGAUGAUGAAGAUUUUGAUGAUGAUGAUGGUGAUGAAUGAUGAUGAUGGUGGUGAUGAUGAUGAUGAUGAUGAUGUCAUGAUGAUGAUGAUGAUGAUGGUGAUGAUGAUGAUAUUGGUGAUUUAAUGAUAAUGAUGUUAAUAAUGGAGGUGGGGUGCCAGUGAUGGUGGUUGUGAUGAUGAUGAUGAUGGUGAUGAAUGAUGAAGAUGAUGAUGACGAUGACGAUGAUGAUGAUGAUGAUGAAGAUUAUGAUGAUGAUGAUGAUUGUCACACCUGAAUAAAUUCAAAUGGACAUAACUUGUGUCGAAUGGUGACUCUCUCAACUCACUACUGUAAAACUAAAUAAAUGACCAUGGAAGACAAUUAUUAUUUAGUUCAACAAAUAAAAUAUGUUUAGUUUUAUUACUCGUUUUCCGGCUUCAACUUCCAACAUUUAAAUUCAAUCUUCUGGUUUUAGGUGGACCAGAAUAAACAGAAGAUAAACAAUAAUAACAAAAAUAUAUUCAACUCGAAGGAAGUUACACAAUAGUAUAUAUAUGGUUACAAAACAAUGCUUUAAGUCUCUGGAGGGUAUAAAUAAAAUAACCCACUUUAAUCAACUGUUGCUUCCUGCUAAAAAUUCAUGAGGAGUAACGAAUGAGUAAAACGAGCGAUGAUAAACGACCAUCAUCAGAUCUUGUCAGCGAGGGUGCUGUCCGUUCUUGGUGGGUGCCCUCUAAUAAACCUUUACUCCUACUCUUGACUGGUCUGGUCAAUGGCUGAAAAUGAGCUGCCAGACUUCUUUACUUCUGAAGAACCACUGGGUGAACUCCCAUGUAGAUGAAGAAGAACCCAUCUACAAUUAAACAAUUUCCAAAACUUAAAAAGUCUACGGAAUACAUAUAGGACAAUAACCAUAACAUAAUAGGUUAUCUAUAUUCAAGGAAACAUCAUUUCCCUAGCUUAAUUCAAGUAUUCAAGUAUAAUCUAGAAUGACAUAAUUCGGUCAUUGAAAAGAAAGCAUCAUCAUUUCUCUUAAAUCGAACAUUUCAUACAAAGAAAUUCCAUGACAUGAGAAACACUUUCCAUAAUCCAUUAAUGCUUAGGAAAAGCAAAGUUUCUUAUAUAUUUUAAGAAUAUCAUUUUAAGACCUUUCAAUAUUUCAACAGAUGGAAUUCUUGUUGACAUAUAAUAAUCUUUUAAUGAAAAAAUAUAGUUAGCAUCUUUCACAUCUCACAUUUUAGAGGUUUUCUUUGACCUUUUGUUAUUCUCAAUGAAUAAUAAAAAUCCAAGACAUAAAUGAGACAAAAAAACAACUAAACUUACAGUUUGACUGGGAUGACUAAAUGCAGGAAAUCAGGAACAGGCCUCCAUGUUGGUUUAGUGAAUCUUGACUCUGGAAUAUAGUUUUAUUGCAGCGCAAGUGUUUGGCUUAAAACUCUAACUCUCCAUUUCCAAUCACCCAACUGGACCCAAGGACCAAUAGGUCCUGCCUGUGUGAAAGCUGUGCAGAUAGUGAGGUACUCCUGCUAAAACAGGCAACCCACCCAGUUCAAAAAUGCUGAGUAUGUUAAUUACAAUUAAGUGCGAUGGAGCCUAACCACUGAGCCUAACUACUCACUAUUCACUCCAGAGCACUAUUGUGCAUUACAUAAUACAAAGGAUUAAGAAUACACUUGAGGGGGAAGGUUGAAUCUCUAACAUCACCCCCUCCUUAAGAAAAUAUUUCAUAUUUACAUUAAAUAUUCAAUCUAUCCCCAAAAGUGGAUUGACAUAGAAAUAAAUCUAAGCUCUCUUGCUUUACUUAAACUUAAUUUAAACUCAAACUGCCCUGCUUAGAAAAUCCGCGCCAACAUUCUCCGAACCUGGUAUAGCUUCAAUAUGGAACCUGUAAGGUUGGAGAGAUAAAGCCCACCUCAUGAUUCUACUAUUAGUCGACUUAUGGGGUGUUGCAAGAAACUUGCGAUUGAACGCAAAUCGAACGCAACUCCCAAAAUUGAGCGUAAGUCCUCCGAUUAAACGCAAAUCUGCAAUUGAACGCAAGUUACUUUCAAUCCUGUUGCAAGAAGAAGUUGCGUUUGAUCAAUUGAACGUAGAUCAAGCGCAAGCUUUGCGAUUGAUUGCAAAUCGAACGUAACUUAUGUGAGAUUUUGGAGGACGCGCAAAAUUUGCGUUCGAUUUACGUUCAAUUGAUUGUCCAUAGGCUUGUGUACUAAAAAUUCUGCAAAAUUUUUUUUUUUGUAUUUUGUUUUGAAAACUUGUGUAAAUUAUGCCAUUUUCAAUUUUCCAUGGGUUUUUUUCAAGAAAAACUUGAAAUAAUGUUAUUUUCAAUCUUUAUAGGCCUCUUCAGCAAUUAUGCCAUUAUUUUCACACAAUUUCAGUACAUUCUCUCCUAAUAUCAUUUUAAAGUGUGUCAAUCACCAAAAAUAUUCUGCUCUUGUUAUCAGAGGUCAUGGAAUAUUCAAAUUGUGAUUUCUGAAAUAAUUUGUAUGAAGAAAUGUUGAAGAAAUAAUAACUCUCCAUAGGCACAAAAGCCACUCUUUAUUAAAACACUUCAUGCACUGGCAAAUGCUUAUAAAUAUAUCUGAGGGUUUGCAGUAAAUACAACUCAGAAUUUAUUUUGCAAGAGCACUAAAUUGCUUAAAUGCUUUCAUUCAUACAUAUCAUAAUGAAUAACAUGCCCAAUUAAGUUAUUUUAGUUUGAUUUUCAAAUAAAACAUACAUUUCAGGAGAUUGCUACACUUCAAAAUCUGAAGCUCUCUUUAAUCAUAAGAUUGCAUCGUAGAUAUAUAUCACACUUGCAUACAGGGAUGAGGUCGAGGCUGAUUCUUCCGAGUCAUGAGGCAGCUUGAGAGAACUUCCCAUAGAUUCUGUACAGUGACUCGGACCAAGGCCAGCAAAAUGUUGCCUCGAGGUCAGCAUUGACUACAUCCCUGCUUCGGCUGCUUGGACUUGAAAAGAUCCAUUGAUCUGUGCACAAAAAAAAGAACACUGCUCAAGACAUUCAAUAUUGAUGGACCUUUUAUUUUUAUUUUUCAAUGUUUCUUGCUCCCGAGGAAUUACUUCUGAGAUUCAGUUAUAUGAAAUAAAAUUUCAUAUCAUCUACAUCAAGUGUUUCACCACAGAAUGUCUUGUUUGAAAUUGACGUAUCAUGCAGAAGACCACAGUCCUUAAGGUUGGCAUGAAGAAUCCAUAGAAGUCCAGUCAGGAAAGCCACAAGCGUCUCUGCUUGAAGGAACAAAUCUGGUUUCCAGAAGCAGUCUAAUUUGAGAUGAAUUUGGAGAGCUUCAUGGAGUGAAGAUUUUAAACAAGCAACGCCCUCAUUCUGAAGUCCACUCUAAAUGAUCUUACUACAGACAGGAGCAGCUCUGAAUUCAGUUCUGAUAAUCAACCUGUCCAUAAAAAAAUAAUAAUAUAGGAAAUAAUGCAAGCCCAUAACUAUACAUACAUGUAGCUUGGGUUAGUUCAAAUUUUGUCCUUUCAGUGUAAAAACGCCCUUAGCAAA